UUUGUGGCGUGGCGGAUGUUGUGUGUGAUGACUGUAGCUAUAGCCUGUGCAGUGCUACUCAAUCGCUCGCUAAUUGGGCCUCCUUCCAUAGCUGCCUGACUUAAGUGGAAGGGCAGCUAGAAAGAAGUUAAGACUUAAAGUAAGUCAGGCUAUGAUGGCUCGCCCGUCUAGUUGGCGUUCGUCUGGCCUGUUCGCGUUUUCCCAGCGUUUGUUGUCGUCGGUUCCUCGGGCCCUGCUCGUGUGUGCAGCCGUUGUCGUGUUGUUGCUGUUAGCGUAUCCUGCUUCCAGAAGUCUGUUAGACGUCAGGACGUGGUGUAUUCUGACAUCCAAGAGAUGUUUCUACCAAAGCGAACAAACCUCUGCGCAGUCCUCCAGCGGCAAACCCAACAUAGUUUUCAUCUUGGCGGACGACUACGGCUGGAACGACAUCGGCUACCAUGGAUCGGUCAUCCACACUCCCAACUUGGACAGGCUGGCAGCUGAAGGAGUGAAGCUGGAGAACUACUACGUCCAGCCCCUCUGUAGCCCAUCCAGGUGUCAACUCAUGACAGGGCGGUACCAGAUCCGUUAUGGUCUCCAGCACAGUCUGAUCUGGCCCCCCCAGCCCAGCGGCCUCCCCCUGGAUGAAGUGACUCUCCCCCAGCGACUGAAGGAGGGGGGGUACUCCACUCACAUCGUGGGCAAGUGGCACCUAGGCUUCUAUAAGCAGGAGUACACACCCACACACAGGGGCUUCGAUACCUUCUAUGGCUACUUGACUGGUGCUGAGGACUACUGGACCCACCGGCAGAAGGGCGGUUUGCCUGGACAGCCACAGACCUGGAGCGGGCUGGACCUCAGGGACCAGGACAGACCAGUCACGGACCAGAACGGAACUUACUCCACUCACCUGUUUGCUAAUAAAGCCAUAGAGAUCAUUGCUCAGCAAGACAAGAACAAGCCUAUGUUUCUCUUCCUCUCCUUCCAAGCUGUGCACGACCCUCUCCAGGCACCAGAGGAGGAUAUCAGCAGGUACAGCCACAUCAGUGACACCAACAGGAGGGUGUAUGCUGCCAUGACAACCAUCAUGGACCAGGCAGUGGGGAACGUGACUCGUGCCUUGAAGCAGUACGGGCUCUGGGACAACACUGUGCUGAUUUUCUCUACUGACAAUGGAGGUCGCGUGGACCGAGGAGGCAUCAACUGGCCCCUGAGGGGAUGGAAGGGCUCACUCUGGGAAGGGGGGAUUCGUGGAGUCGGCUUUGUCAACAGCCCGCUGAUCAAAGCCAAAGGCAGGACCAGCGACGCCCUGAUCCACAUCUCUGAUUGGUUCCCUACUUUGGUGGGACUUGCCAGUGGUUCCACCAAUGGGACAAAGCCGCUGGACGGCCACGAUGUCUGGGAAGCCAUCAGUGAUGGAAAACCAUCUCCAAGGAGGGAGAUCCUCCACAACAUCGACCCCAUGUUCAAUACUGUUCCCAGUCCACGGCCCCACCAGUGGGGAGACCGUGUGUUCAACACGUCAGUACAUGCUGCCAUCAGGUCAGGGGACUGGAAACUGCUCACAGGAUACCCAGGUACAUUGGUGACUAGAUUCACCACUGGAUAAGAGAUAUGUUCUGAAAAUCGCACACAAAUAGUAGAUGUGCCAAAAAAAGUUACUCAGGCAACUGGAUAUGAUUUUGAAAACAGUCAGAGGUUUAGAUAGUAGAUAACCACCAA